UAUGGCCAUAUGGCCACCGCACCAUCACUUAGCCUAUUUAGGGUCUUUGUUUAGAGAGGAUCCGCCUCUGAGGUUUCACGGACUCGCUGGUAUUUAUACCAAAGGCGCAUCGGGACUCGGUCCCAGAGGAAAGGAGCUCUCGCCUCCGUGCUUUUCCCCCAGGUCCCCCUGAACGCCAACCACUCCCGGCCCCACCAUGUGCGACGAGGAAACCACCGCCCUGGUCUGUGACAAUGGCUCCGGCCUCUGCAAAGCCGGAUUUGCUGGCGACGAUGCCCCCCGUGCGGUCUUCCCCUCCAUCGUUGGGCGGCCCCGGCACCAGGGUGUCAUGGUAGGCAUGGGGCAGAAAGACAGCUACGUGGGCGAUGAGGCGCAGAGCAAGAGGGGUAUCCUCACGCUCAAGUACCCCAUCGAGCACGGCAUCAUCACCAACUGGGAUGACAUGGAGAAGAUCUGGCACCACUCCUUCUACAACGAGCUGCGCGUGGCCCCCGAGGAGCACCCGACGCUGCUCACCGAGGCUCCCCUGAACCCCAAGGCCAACCGGGAGAAGAUGACCCAGAUCAUGUUCGAAACCUUUAACGUCCCCGCCAUGUACGUCGCCAUCCAAGCCGUCCUCUCCCUCUACGCCUCCGGCCGCACGACCGGUAUUGUCCUCGACUCCGGGGAUGGCGUCACCCACAACGUGCCCAUCUAUGAGGGCUAUGCUCUGCCCCACGCCAUCAUGCGUCUUGACUUGGCCGGCCGUGACCUCACUGACUACCUCAUGAAGAUCCUCACCGAGAGGGGCUACUCCUUCGUCACCACCGCCGAGCGGGAAAUUGUGCGUGACAUCAAGGAGAAGCUCUGCUAUGUGGCUCUGGACUUUGAGAACGAAAUGGCCACAGCUGCCUCCUCCUCCUCGCUGGAGAAGAGCUACGAGCUCCCCGACGGGCAGGUCAUCACCAUCGGCAACGAGCGUUUCCGCUGCCCCGAGACCCUCUUCCAACCCUCUUUCAUCGGCAUGGAGUCAGCUGGCAUCCACGAGACGACCUACAACUCCAUCAUGAAGUGCGACAUCGACAUCCGCAAGGACCUCUACGCCAACAAUGUCUUGUCCGGUGGCACCACCAUGUACCCCGGCAUCGCCGACCGCAUGCAGAAGGAAAUCACGGCGCUGGCUCCCAGCACCAUGAAGAUCAAAAUCAUCGCCCCGCCGGAGCGGAAGUACUCGGUGUGGAUCGGCGGCUCCAUCCUGGCGUCCCUCUCCACCUUCCAGCAGAUGUGGAUCAGCAAACCCGAGUACGACGAGGCCGGACCUUCCAUCGUCCACCGAAAAUGCUUCUAAGCCCCUUCCCCACCCCGCAGCGGCCCCCCGUGCCAGGGCACCCCGCUCGUCCUCGGUCCCCGCUGCUCCUCCCCACCAUGCACUGCGCAUUAAAGCCUUUUCUCCAG